AUGUCAGAAAUUGAAGUUGAAAGAGAUUUAUCAUCUCCACAAUAUUAUAACUAUUUAAUGAUUUUACUUAGAAAAAGAAUGGAGAGUAAAGAUAUUAGAUAUAGAAAGAGAAGAACUCCUAGUAAUGUACCUUCGAGUAACAACUACAAUAGUAGUAGAGCUUCACCACCGUUACAAACACCAAUACAAGAUCCAUAUGAAUAUUGUGCUCUAAGCUUUAAAAUUGAAAAAGUUGACAACAAAGCGCUUAAAUCCUCUUCAUUUAGAACAAUAAAACCACAACCACCAAGUCCAACCAACAACAUAAGAUCAACUUCAUCUUCACCUAUUUAUCAUCAACAACUUCAAAAUAAUAAAUUUCAAAAAUAUAAAAGAGAAGAAUACAACAACCCAUAUUACUAUAAUAGUGAUGAGAGUGAUGAAAUUGAAGUAAUCUUUUAA